AUGGAUGACGAAGCGCGUAUGAGCUGGCUCAGUGGCCGGCCGCAACGAGUUCUCAACUUGCGCCCGCCUCCAGGAUUCUCAGGAAAUAUGGAGUAUUACGCGCAAUGGAGUGUCAUGGACGACCAGAUUAUGUUGGCUUUACCAGCAAAGGAGCACGCCACAUGUCCAUCUCUUAUAUAUCUGGCCGACAUCAACGCCAGUUUGAGUAGAGACGACAAUGUUGUCGAGCUUAAGCAAGUCACGGAGUUGCCAUUCCUUGCUUCGAGAGUGAGACUGUUGAGCAACCGAGCGGGGUUUAUCACAGCAGAGUUCAGAGAAAGCGAAAAUAAAUUAAUCCUGCGCACUCAUGAUUGGGUUGGCAGCAUCAACAAAGAAGAAAUAAUAUCUGCAGAUGGCAUCGAUGGAGAGAUUGCCGUUCAUGGUUCAUCUGUUGCUCUCUGUGUACGCGAUGGUCCAGAAAGCCCUUUUGGGAACUGCCUUGGCAAAUCAAAUGAGAUUGCAAUCUGGGAUAUCGAAUCCGGAAAUGCUACAAAGAUAAAGAUACCUCAAGAUGAGCGUGGGCCUCAGUGUCAUCGUGGUAAUCUUCAAUUUGCGACACCUUCGCAUAUUGCUCUUGGUGGUCACAUUUGUCCAUCCCAUGACAAGCCAUAUGCUGUCCUAAGGUCAAUCCCAAUUACACCUUCAGAGCGGAAUAAGGGUCGAUAUUUUCAUCAGCAUGAGAACUUCGAAUAUGGACAUAAUCAUGACGCAAUAGCAAUUCCAGGAAGUUCUGCCCACAAUGAUGUUGUUGUUCAUCACCACCAGCGCGGUAAUCGUUUCACAGCUGCAGACGUGGGCUUACUCACUGGCGAAAUCCCAGUAACUUACAAUAAUGUGCAGUCCGAGGCGCAACCCACGCCCUGGUAUUUCACCGACCGAGAUCUUUUCAAGGAUUUCUUUCAUGUGUUUUCUGACAAGGUCAACGCACGAACGCUGACAGGCUCGAUAUUUGAUCGACUCCCAAGCCUAGUCGGGAACAGAUUGCUUGUGAGGGAAGAUAUCGAGGAAUAUGAACACGAUGAAGACAAUUACCAUGGAUAUAAAGCUUCUCACUCUUCAUUUGGAACGUUCCAAGUGCUCUAUCUCUAUGAUUUUGACCAAGGUCGGUGUAAAGCCUUGCGUCAACUUUCACCUCAAUCCGAACGCCAGGAUCUCGAGACACGUCUAAAAGAGCGAAACCCAGACGCUAACGUCACUGUCACGUCUCGUAUGUUUUACACCUCCAUUGAAGAAGAAGAUGACAGGGAAAAGGAUACAUCCCCAGAGUGGGAAGCGCACAUAAGAGAACGAUGGGAGAUCCGAUGGGCACGUGAAAAGGGAGAGGCAAAGUUUCCAACACUCGAGUUUGAUGAUCCACCAGAAGGCCGUGAUGAUCCUCGCAUGUUAUUCACACGCAGCAUGAUUUGUCUUCCGAAAAUAAGGGAUGGCGAAGCGCUUGCUAUGACGACGUCGGCGAUAAUAGAACUCCCUGCGCCCAAUGCGGACGGAUAUGUGCAUUAUUUUGGCACGGAGUAA